CUUUUCAGCUGUUUCAUAACGAGGGUAAGAAAUCAACGCUAUAUAGAGGCUAUCUCAACAUUGGGCUAAAUUUUUCUGUCAAAAAACAUCUUUCCAGAACUGAUAGUUGAAAAGGUCCUUUAUACGAUUGAUGGUUUAACCAAAGCAGCUUAGAAAUGGACUCUUCAAUGGCAAUGAAAACAUUUGAACUUUCCAAUAAUGUAAGAACUGUUCAAAAUGCUGAUGAGAUCUACAAAUUUAGCAAAGAGGAGCAGCAAUCUAUAAUCCAACGAAAGCCAUGGACAAAAGAUCCACAUUACUUCAAGAACAUCAAAGUAUCCGCCCUUGCUUUGUUGAAAAUGGUAAUGCAUGCAAGAUCUGGUGGAACACUGGAAGUGAUGGGUCUUAUGCUUGGAAAAGUUGAUGGUGACACUAUGAUAGUUAUGGACGCCUUUGCAUUGCCAGUGGAAGGGACUGAAACAAGAGUCAAUGCUCAGGCUGCUGCUUAUGAAUACAUGACUGCUUAUAUUGAAUCAGCAAAAUUGGUUGGGAGGCUAGAGAAUGCUAUUGGAUGGUACCAUAGUCAUCCAGGAUAUGGCUGUUGGUUAUCUGGUAUUGAUGUUAGCACACAAAUGGUCAACCAGCAAUACCAAGAGCCUUUUGUUGCCAUUGUGAUUGACCCUACAAGAACGAUUUCCGCUGGGAAGGUUAACCUUGGGGCGUUUCGAACCUAUCCAAAGGGGUACAAGCCGCCUGAUGAGGGACCGUCAGAGUAUCAAACAAUACCUUUGAAUAAAAUCGAAGAUUUCGGCGUGCAUUGUAAACAGUACUACUCGCUAGAUGUUUCGUAUUUCAAAUCAUCGCUGGACCAGAAACUUUUAGACUCAUUAUGGAACAGAUAUUGGGUUAACACCCUGUCUUCAUCAACGCUGCUGACUAAUGCUGAUUAUGUGACACACCAGAUCUCAGAUUUAUCGGAAAAGCUUGAGCAGGGAGAAAACCAGGUGAAUAAAUCAGGCACAUUUAUGCUUAGUAUCGACCCUGAGAAAAAGGACGAUGGGAAAUUAGCGAAGGCGACAAAAGACAGCUGCAAAACUGGCAUAGAAGCGAUCCAUGGAUUGAUGUCCCAGGUUCUAAAAGACAGUUUAUUCAACCACAUUGGUGCUAAAAGCUAGCGAAGAUCAAUGCAUAGAAUCCAGAGGACAUUGCGAAAACCUGUUUUAGAAAACCCUUUCAAGUUUCCAUUUACAUGGCAUGGGUUUUUGGUUGCAUGACGACAGAGACGCGAACUUGUUUACCUAAAAGAUGUUGUGUAAUCCUGUAGUAUUUGUAUUUAUGUAUGUAACUGUAGUUAUUUGUUUGUUUUUUCAGUAAAUCGUUUUUGUUGUAAAAGAAUUAAAAAAAGAAAUUAAUUGCUAAAUAC